AACAUCAGAAUUCACCACCAAAGAAGAAGAAACUGAGAGAGAUAGAGAGAGAGAGAGUGGGGAAAAUAUGCAUUCAAUCGGGUAUAGGGCCAAUGCGCUGCUUACGUUCGCCGUCACCAUUCUGGCGCUAAUGUGCGCUAUCGUCUCUCUCUCCGACAACCUCAACUCUCCCUCUCCCGCCGCCCAAGUUCAAGUAUUGAAUAUUAAUUGGUUUCAGAAGAAACCCGACGGGGAUGACGAGGUCAGCUUGACAUUGAACAUCUCUUCAAAUUUACAGUCAUUGUUUACAUGGAAUACAAAGCAGGUUUUUGUGUUUGUGGCAGCUGAAUAUGAAACUUCAAAAAAUGCAUUGAAUCAGGUAUCUUUGUGGGAUGGUAUCAUACCUUCCAAAGAGCAUGCAAAAUUCUGGAUUCAUACCACAAACAAGUAUCGUUUCGUUGAUCAGGGAAGCAAUCUCCGGGGUAGGGAUUUCAAUUUGACAUUGCAUUGGCAUGUGAUGCCAAAGACGGGCAAGAUGUUUGCUGACAAAAUUGUGAUGUCGGGGUACCGGUUGCCGGAGGCUUAUAGAUGAGGAGUGACUCCUAUUUGACUUGCUGUACCUUUAGCUCUCCCUUAUUGGGAGGUACAAGUGCCCAAAACAAAUCAACAAAGGGAAACAGGGUCGAUUUUGAACACAAAUCUUCUAGAAUUUGAUUUCAUCGAAACUAGAUUUUUAGACUUAAUUUGAAUUC